AUGGGAUUACUUAACUUUAAUAAAAAAAAUCGUAAAUUAGCAAAUGAUAACUCAAAAGAAGUAGCAAAUCAUCCCUCUUCUCAGCAAGAUUCAGAUAUUAAUAAUUCACCACUUGAUCUUUCUUCUAUAAAUUUCAUGUUAGACACUUCAGCUCCAGGAAAAACAGAAUCAAGUCUUUUGGAUGAUAUAAUGAAUGAGCUUGACUUUUCAAAACCAAUUAAGAACACAGAGAAAGCUACUUUUGAAAAUAGAAAGCAGCGUAAUGAAUACAAGCCAUUAACUUUAUUAAACUUUGACACACCAUUACCAUCUUCCUUAUCAACACUACAUAAUGAUGAUGUGAUAAGAUCAUCCGCUUUAAAUUCUGAUGAGCAGCAUAAAACUAACAAAAUGCUACUUAAUAAUGGUAGUACUAUAGGGAAGCAGACAUCUCAAGAACACCUAAAGCCCCUGAUUUCUUCUUUCUCACGAAAUAAUCUUCAAACAGCUAGUAUUGCCGAUAACAUUUUUUAUAGCUCCAAUAAGGAGAUACUACAUCAUCAAAUAGGUAGUCAUACACUUGAUAGUGAUAAAGAUGAUUCAGAUAGUUCUGACGACGCAGAUGAUGAAUCUAUUAAUUCAAUGCCAUUAAAUAUCAUUGCUAAGAACCGUCAUUCAAUGCCUGUUGAUAUACUGGCUAACAACAAUAACCUUUCACGCCCUCAGGAGAAGAUUGUUGGUGGUCCACUUCAGCCAUCAUCCCUGGCAAAUGACAGUUCAGUCUCUAUGGUGCCAAGUUCUGUAUCUAAUAACUGUACUAUACCUCCAAAUUCAGUGAUGGAUCGUAUGAAAGAAAGACAUCGAAUGGAGACACGAAGAACAUUAAAGUCACCUUCUUUAAUGGAGGGCCUAUCCAUGAAAAUGGUCAACCAUAAAUUUCCAUCUAUGUCAAAUAUAACGCAAUCUACUGCAAGUAAUAACGUCAGAGUCGAUCCGCAUUCUACAUCGUUUAUCAAUAACAUAACUACAGGCGUGAAUAACAGCAAUCUUCCACAAAGAAGACUUACUCAGUCACAAUCUUUUUGUAAUUAUGUUAAACCUUCAAGCCUUGCCUCAGUUGUAAACCUAUCUCAUCCUUCUUCCUCCUCCAUUUCAGUACACAAAAUUGUUAGAAGUACCUCUAACCUUAAUGACAUUUAUAGCAAUAAUGUAACCGUAACACAAGUGAGUGGGCUCAAUAAUAGCUUUCCAGUUAGACAUAAACCAACCCAGCUUCAGCCUGAUAUAAGCUUUUCUCAGAGAUUUCCAUCUUCAAGUCAACAGCAAGGUUUAAUGAGAGGUACUCACCCUCAAACAAAACUAAAUAUCCGAAAUCCAAUGAUGCAACUUGGGCAAGCAUAUAGUCCAGUCAUAACACAAUAUAAAAGUCAAGAACUAAAAAAUUCACCAUCUAUGGAAAUAAACGAUGAUGACAUAACGACUCACUUACACUAUCCAGAUAAACAUAAUAAUCCUUUUCAAUUCAAUACUGCCGCUUCUGUCUCAGGGUUUUCAAAUAAUCCUCAAGUAUUAGUAAAUCAACCAUUUCAACAACAACAAGUUACUGAGCUCCAACAACAAAUCGAAUUACAACAACAACAAAAGCAGCUUCAGCUUCAGCUUGAGCUUCAACAGCAACAACAGCAGCAGCAACUACAACUAAUUCAACAACAAAAGCAACAGCACAUUCUUCAGCAGCAAAAGCAACAACAGCUCCAACAACAACAAAUACAACAACAGAUUGAAAUACAACAGCAACAACUUCAGGAACAACAGAUAUUACAACAACACAAGUUGCAACAGUUACAGAUUCAACAACUAAUGGUGAAUCAAGCUAUUAGAGAAAAUACGAUGGCUGCUACCACUCCUGUAAACACAACUCAUCAAUUCAAACCGGAUCAUGUCAAACAUUAUCAUUCAUCAAAGCCAAAGCACCAUGAUUUGGUAACAACAAAAUCAUAUGCUUUGUUAAAACCAUUAUAUGAACGAUCAUCAUCCAAUACGGACUCACAUGCGCAUAGCUGUCAUCAAUGUGAUACUAACCGUCAUAAACAUUAUUAUAGUUCGAAAGAGCAUCUAAUAGCCUCAUGUCAUUGUCACAGCAGCAUUCCUAAUCAUACUACGAAACUUUCGUUACAUAAUUCUGCUAAUGUACCAGACACGCCACCUCCUGAAACUUACAAAAAGCCUUCAAGUGACACUAAAGUUGAGAAGGAGACUGAAGAACAUAAAAUAAUGGGCUCCGACUCCCUUUUGGAGUCUCAAGAUAAAAGGGAAGACAUGAAGCCUGUUAAUCAAGUUUUAAAAUCUAAUGAGAGUAAUGGGUCAAAUAACAAAGAAUUAUAUAGUAAUUCUUCUUCUGAUACGUUAAAAGAAGCUAUAGAGGAUAAUCUUCAACGAAACGAUAUACGUAAACAGUUUUUCACUUCUGAAGAAAUAGGGUUGCAUAAAAAUUUUCAAUUGCCGAAUAAGCUGCAACAAGAAUUAAAAGACAUGAGAUUACGAAAAUCAUGCUAUUCCCUCCCUGAUCUUACUAUCCUUAUCGAUGAAAAUAGUGAAGAACAAUCAAUAGAACCAGAUUGGAAAUCAAUUCAGCCAUUCACUAAUAAUAACAGUUAUAUCACUCAAGAAACAGAAAGGUCCAUGAUAACCGGAUAUAAGGAGAGCCAUAUGAAAUACUGCAGCUCAAGGCACACUACCGUCACUCCUCCUACAAGUUACUCUUCAAAUCACCAUCAAAGAUGCAAACAUAAUAAUAAAAGACAUAGAUGUUGCUCAAAUCAUAAACAACACAAUAGCCACUCUACUCAUCAUGGAAGUUCAUCUUAUCAUUGCUCACUAUCAUCCUCUAAUAAAAGCUGUACUUGUAGCAGCAGAAAACAAAUUAAAAAGACCGUAUCAAGUUAUUCAAUGGAACCAUCUUCUUCUUUACAAAAUUACCAAACAGUAGAUUUAUAUCAUCAUAAAAGGCAUCAUAAUUGCAAAAACAAGCACCAUAUACAUGGUCAUAAUAAUCAUUAUGGUGACAACAGUAGUAGUCAUCGUUGUCAAUUUCAAAAUAAAGGAUCUUACAAGUACACUUCAACAACGGAAGAAGAAGAAGAAGGAGGAGGAGGAGGAGGAAGAGGAGAUAAAGGCAUAUUUUCACCAGCAGCAGUAGAAUAA